AAAGCAUGGAGGAGUUACUUUCAUUGAAGUGGAACAACCACCGUUCCACUUUCCUCCACAUUUUGGGAGUUCUCAGGGACAAGCAAUCGUACACGGAUGUGACUCUGGCUUGUGAUGGCAAGUUCUACAGUGUGCAUAAGCUGGUGUUGUCAACAUGUAGUGACUAUUUCUGUGCCAUGUUUGAGAAGACUGCUUGUAAAAGCCCUGUUAUAGUGUUAAAAGAUAUUAAGUGUGAGGACCUUGAGGCCUUGCUAGACUAUAUGUACCUUGGUGAAGUGAAUGUAAGGCAAAGUGACUUAGCGUCUUUGAUAAAGGCUGCCGAAAAUUUACGCAUCAAGGGUCUCGCAGUACCUGAUGAUGAACCUUCAAAUAAAGUUCCGGCGACGUCUGCACCGAACAGAGCUGAACCGGUGAGGAGAGAAGGAGGGAUUGGUAGCCCUCCUGCCAAGCGGAAAAGAAGAGAUGAGGGUGAAGACGGCAGGGAAGAUGUAAGACCGCAGGCCAGUGGUGGCUUACAAACCCCCCCUCCUCCUCCGUCUAGACCAAAGAGCCCUAUUGCCCAGCGCCUGAGCCCUUCCCCCCACAGAACCUCUCAGGAAUCCCCUGCUACAGAUGAUCGUGUCAGCCGUCCCCUCUCGUCGCCAGCAGAAAACCCUGCUUCGUCUCAUGUUACGGCACAAUCUUCCGCACACACCACAGCGUCACAAGCGCAAGCCAGUAGUCAAUUUAGAUCAGAAGAGACUCCCUCCUUUGUCAAAGUAGAGAUGGAGGAAGAAAGUGCCAACGAGAUGCCUGGAGACUCCUACGACCUCAGUGCGGAUGGUUAUAAGGAAGAAGGAGACGAUUCUGGAAGUGGAGUAAAUAAUGAUUUACCUGAGUUCCUACAAGCAGCAGCCACUGGAGCCUUAGCUGGUAGCACAGCCUCGUACCCUCACCCUUCCUUUGCCGGGCCCUCUGGCUACCAGCCGGGAGACCUGGCGGGCUGGCAGGGUGAUGGAUCGUCCAUAGGCUUCCCUGCACAUCUUAACUUUAGCACCUCAGACAGUUCUAGUCAACAGAAUGCACCCGGGGAUGUUGGGGUGGGCCAGGUCGGUGUAAUGGGGAUUGAAAAUCACAACUGGUCAAGAACGGAAGGGAAGGCACAAGGGAGACGCAACGUUUGCCCACAUUGUGGAAAGAGUUUUGCUUACCCAAAAGACCUACGUCGACACAUUCUGACGCACACAGGGGAGAAGCCGUUUGGGUGUCCGUUUUGCAGUCAUAGAGCCAAUCAUAAGAGCAACUUGAAGAUGCACAUAUUCUGUGGCAUGGGGAUAGAUGAAGUCGGUGCAAUGGGAAGUUUGAGUCUUAGUAGACUGAGAGCUGUUGUGAGUACCCACCCCAAGCGACACUUGUGUCCCUUCUGUGGCAAGGGCUUUCAGUCGCCCAAGGAUCUACGGCGACAUAUUCUGACUCACACUGGGGAGAAGCCCUAUCUCUGCCCAUACUGCAAUCACAGAGCUAAUCAGAAGAGCAACUUGAAGUCUCAUAUGCUGUGUGUUCAUAACAAAGACGAUUCCUGAAUCUGGCAAGUUGCGGUUGCGGUUGUUCUAGGAGCGUGUCAGACCUCGAGGUAAAGAUUUGAAAAUGAAUUUACUGGCCAGAAAAAACAACAAAACAUUUGUCAAGGCACCAUAGAUAUCGUUUCUUUUAU